AUGGAAGCUUCAGCAGCUCCGAGAUCAGAAACAGUCUUGAAACUCUGAGCUGCUUUCCGAAGAAGAGACGUUUCAAACUGUUCUGAAUUCAGGGCUUAGCAAAGAUUGUUCAAGCCUGAAUCAUCUAAUGUGGACCAUGCAGAACUGACCCACACAAUAAAUCUAAAACUGACGCACUUAGGAGGAUCUGAACACUGAAACAUCACACAGAGAGAAGUGGGGUGGACUGAUGAGAAAUAUGGCUGUGAUAGGAUUUAUCAAGAAAGUCAUGUUGGCGUGGCUGUUGCUGUUUCUGUUGUGCACAACUGCGGCGUCUUUUGCACAACUGCCCGUAAAAGACUCAUGCUGGCCAAAGAUUUCCAUCCUGAAGAGCAACAUAAAGAAGCUGGAGUUCAAGCUCCUGAUUAGCACUUGGCAGGUUGAGCACCUGCAGAAGCACAAAUACUUUAAACCUUCUCAACCUGCUGAGGCUACUGGGAAAUCUCCAAUUGAUUCUGUCUCUGGCGCCAACCUCAGCAACAGCUUGGAUAAGACACAGAUGAACCGCCUUCCAGUAGCUGGUAACUUAAUCGUCCAUGAUACAGACUGUUCUGAAAUAUUUGACAGACUGAGACCACCCAGUGGUUUCUACCGUAUCAGACCCAAACUACACCAGGAGCCGUUUUUGGUAUACUGUGACAUGGAAGAUGGAGGAGGGUGGACGGUGUUUCAGAGACGUCGGCAUGGGAGAGUUGACUUCAACAGAGACUGGGUGGAUUACAGAGACGGCUUUGGUGACUUCAAGCUGUGGAAUGAUGAGUUCUGGCUCGGGAAUGAGCACAUACACUCUCUCCUCCUAGAAGGUAGGAACCUUGUGAAGAUUGAUCUCAUGGACUGGGAUGGUCACAAAAACCAUGCAUAUUAUGAGAACUUUAGGAUCACCAAUGAGGCUGAUAAGUAUCGUCUCCAGUAUGGGAGGUACAGUGGGAAAGCAGGGGAUGCUUUAACUGGUGUGGGGGGGAUGGUGGAGCAGUGGUCGUCCUGCCUCAACAGCAUGCAGUUUAGCACCAGAGAUCAGGAUAAUGACCGCUUCCUUCAGGGGAGUUGUGCCCAGGAGAAUGAGGGAGGAUGGUGGUUCAACAGAUGCCACGCAGCCAAUCUGAAUGGAAAGUUCUACCAUAAAGGGAAGUACAAAGCCCAGUAUGACAACGGCGUCGUGUGGGGGACCUGGAAAGGUCUCUGGUACUCGCUUAGACACACUACCAUGAAGGUGCGGCCCCUGCUUUUCCUGGACUCUGUUGGAAGUGGACUAGGAGAAAUUUAAAUCUUCAAAACUGUAUUUGAGGGUAAAAAAAAGAAAAGUUUGAUGCUUUAUGUUUUGAUUUCUCCCGUUCUUUGUCUGAACAUUUAACCAUUUUAUCAAAAAUAUAGUAUCUUUGUUUGCAACUCAUCCAACUAAACCAUUUCCUUCUAUAAGAGAAUAUUACUCUGAUAUUAAAGAAGCAGGAUUUCAGCAA